CGCAGCAUCGAGAGAGGGUUAAGAUUCUUCUCUGCAAUUGAGGAAGAAGAAGAAGAAGAAGAAAAGGGGGAAAAUGGGGUACGUGCUGAGAGUUCGAUUGGCGUCGUUCUUCAUCGGUGCUGCUACGGCGUCGUUCGCCGGUCUCUACAUCCUGCACCGGGAUUACAAGCUCGCUCACCAAUCCUUCACUCAACAGAUGAAUGGUCUCUACGAAUCACUAGACAGUCGAAUUUCUUCCUUGGAAAAACUGAAGCAACCUGAAACUUCACAACAAGUGGAAGCAACAGAAUAAUUGUACGGACUGAAUCAUCCAUUGUAGUUAAUUGUUGUGGAAAAAAAACUGAUUGGAUGUAUUCGCUUUGACAAGUGACUUUACACUGUUUACUCUCUCCUCUGGAAUAAGUUCAAUUUCCCUCAUUUUAUGGCACCUCACAUGGCUGAACUUUCAUACCUGAAGAGAUCAGUUCUGUAUUCAGAUGCAAUUUGGAUUAUUCUUUUGGCCUAGAGUAUUUAGCUUUUAUCACUUUAAUGUGAUGAUUAAUGAACAUUUGCGAGAAGUUGUGUUUUCUUUUUCCACUAUUGGAAGUUUUGUUUUCUA